AUGCUGUACACCCACGCCACUAUCAUCACCGUUGACGGCAAUCGCCGCAUAAUCAACGACGGUGCCAUUCGGGUGUCAACCGAUGUCAUUGCAGACAUUGGAAAGAGUGCAAUUCUCAAGGAGCGAUACCCUGCCGACGAGGAGUAUGAUCUCACUGGCCGAAUUGUGAUUCCCGGAUUGAUUUCCACUCACAUGCAUACGGCUCAGACUCUGCUGCGGGGUACCGCUGAUGAUCUGGAGCUUGUCUCGUGGUUGUGCGAGAGGAUCUGGGUUCUUCAAGGUAACUUUACGGAAGCAGAUGGCUAUGCUGCUGCGAGGUUGAGUAUCGGCGAGAUGCUCAAGUGUGGAACCACUUGUUUCUUGGAGAGCAUGUUUGCCGAUCGCUAUGGAUUUGACGGACUUGCCCGUGCCGUCGAAGAAUCCGGUAUUCGAGGCUGCUUGGGCAAGAUCGUGAUGAACAUUGCCAAGUACGCCAAGGACGACGCUUGGGCAAUGCAUCCCGGCCUGGUUGAAGACCGUGAGAUGUCUCUGCUGGGGAGCGUCAAGAUGUGGGAGAAGUGGAAUGGGGCCGCGAAUGAUCGCAUUCGGGUGUGGUUCGGCGCUAGAACUCCUGGAGGGGUUUCUGAUGCUCUUUACAAAGAGAUGACUGCUAUCUCGCGGGAGAAGGGCAUCCCGAUCACCAUGCAUUGUGCCGAAGUCAAGGCCGAUCGCGAUUUUUUUGCAUCCGUGUCGCACACUCCCAUGUCAUACUGCGAGUCGGUCGGGCUACUGAGUUCGAAAACCGUGUUGGCGCAUAUGGUUCAUCUGGAUGACUCGGAUAUCAAAUUGCUGUCUGCGUCGGGCACCCAUGUCGCUCACUGUCCUACUUCGAAUGCCAAGCUCGCGUCCGGAAUCUGUCGAGUACCUGAUCUCCAGCAGGCUGGCGUAAACAUUGGACUGGGGACCGAUGGUGCUCCUUGCAACAAUAGUUGCGAUCUGUUGCAAGAGAUGAAGCUCGCGGCUAUCAUCCACAAGAGUAUCUCUUAUGAUCCCACCGCUGUUCCCGCUGAAUCCGUUCUGGAGAUGGCGACGAUCAAUGGUGCCAAAGCUCUCGGGCUGGAUGACCGAAUCGGCAGUUUGGAGGUUGGCAAGAAAGCGGACUUUGUGGCGAUUGACGUGCGGGGGAUCCAUACGCAGCCCUGGUUCAACGCGCCUAGUGCCGUGGUCUAUACGGCGACCGGGAGGGAUGUGGACGUUGUGGUGGUGGAUGGUAAGCGACUUGUUCAGAAUGGUGAGCUUCUAACGAUGAAUGAGGACGAGAUUGUGGCGGAAGCAAAGAAGCGUAGCCAAGAAGUUGUUGAACGAGCUGGUCUGUCGAGCAAGAUGAAGGGUCGCUGGCCCGAGGAGUAA